CGGACUGUGCGGCUGAGGACAAAUCGUGAACUUGAUAAAGAGCUUGAACAACACGAAGGGCAAGAAUGGCACUUCAAGCUUGAAAGCGGUUCAAACCCUUGUUUGUGCAGUGCGAGUUCAGGAGAGAGGUUCGGGUUACUCAUUCAUGCUUAUUCCAAAGUACUAUUUAGAAUCAUCAUCUCAUCUCACGAGAAGUCGAGAAGGCGGGGAGGCGAGGAGGUUACCUCUUCGAGCAUUCCUUUCGGGUUUCAUCUGGAGUUUCUGCAGUCUGACAUUCCCGCUACCAUGGUGUUCUGAGGCAAGCCGAGCAAAGGCUGCCAAUGCUGUAGGAUUCAGAGAAUCAAGGACCAAUCGUCCCUCCGCUUUCGGGAUGAAAGCCAGAAGGUCGUCCGCAAAGCAAAAGUCCCCAGAAGCACACCUGAACAUCGGAUAUCUUCAUCCGGUUAAAAAGUGUCGACCAGCAGCUCUGCGGAAGCCCCCAGGCCCUUAUGGCUCCAAGAGCCGGCUUUGUCAUUCGUUCACUCUCCCCUCAAGGCCUUGACGAGGCGUUGUAUUCUUCUUCGACAAUUAUGUGACUAUCAACUCGAACUAUCCAUUAGGCAAGAUUGAUUUGCCUAAAAUUCCCGUCCUGCAGUUGUUGUUUGCCAAUCAAGCUUUUAACAAUGCUGUGUGUCCUCGGUAGGAUACGCUGGCUUCUCAAAUGUAACAAAGAACCCCGAGACAUGGUCAUCGCGCGGGGGAAAUAUGCGACAAGCUUACGAAAUAUUA